GCCAUGACCCGCACCAGCGAGGUGGAGCUCCCCGACGUGGCCGGCCAGAUGCACCAGCUCUUCCAGGGCCACCCACUCCGCGCCGCCUACGAGGCGUUGCUGCUGCAGAUGUUCGACCUCUUCCACGCCACCAAGCUGUGCGGCGGGCUGAGCGGCUCCCUAGUCCUGCAGGUGCAGCCAGUAGACCCCAUCGAGGGCCGGAACGAGGAGACGGUCAUCGUCAAGCUGGACAAGGCCGACGUGGUCAGCCGGGAGCUGGCGAAUUCGAGGCGCGUGUGGCAGGCGCUACAGGACCGCGCAGCCCGCGUGCUGGGGCAGGGCUGUUUCUUCACGGACAGCGCAGCGACGGAGUACGGGGCCUUCAAGAUCGAACUCGCCGGGGGCUGCUGGCAGGUCCCCGAGCUGGCGGGCGCGUCCGGCAGCAAGGACCUACUCAGCACCUUCAAGGACCUGUUCAGCAUCGAGAGCGAGCGGCAGCUGCUCCACACCGACAUGCACCACCUGGUCAGCACCAGCGGCGACAUCGAGGUGGUGCUCCUCGAGCUGCUGGGCCCUGGGGGCAUGCUGCGGGUGCUGCGGCGCGAGGGGCUGGCGCGCAGCCCCAACGGCCUGCUGCGGUCCUACAACUACACCGGCAAGGACACCAAGUGGAACCCCCUCUUCACGGACAACUUCCAGUUGAAGCCCAUGCAGGUGAUGUACGCGCUCACGGCCAUCCGCGGCCUCGGCCGCCGCUUCUCGAACAUCAUCUGCAAGAAGUGCGACAUCGACCUCAACAAGCGCGCCGGCGAGCUCACGACCGACGAGGUGAACAAGAUCGUGGCGGUCGCCAGCAGCCCGCUGCAGUUCAAGAUCCCGGCGUGGAUGCUCAACCGGCAGAAGGACGUGAAGGACGGCAAGACCUCGCAGAAGUACGCGAACUUCCUCGACCAGGCACUCCGGGAGGACCUGGAGCGGAUGAAGCGCGUGCGCCUCCACAGGGGCAUCCGGCACUACUGGGGCAUCCGCGUGCGCGGCCAGCACACGAAGACCACGGGCCGCCACAGGGCCAUGGGCGACGGCGGCAAGAAGUGA